AUGGAGGCAUACCUUGCAGAGGUGCGCAAAAUGGAGAAGCAGUUCUUGGGCCUGGAGCUACAGCAUGUGCCUCGCGGCACGAACAAGGAAGCCGACGACAUCGCCAAAAGGGCGUCCAGGCACCUACCCCAGGAGCCCGGCGUCUUCGAGGAGUGGAUCUUCAAGCCUUCAGCAGCACCCCCGUCUGCGGAGCCGGCAUCACCUCAGGAGGAACUCCCCCAGCGACCAGCCUCAGGAGCCCCCGCCUGUGGCCUGACUUCAGGAGCACGCCUUGUCCUGGCGCUCGAGCCUCAGGAGGGGUGCUGGACCAAGGAGUUCAAGGCAUACCUAGUGCAAGCAACGCUGCCGGAGAAAGAAGAGGACGCGGAGCGCGUGGCCCGGCAGGCUACGGCAUAUUGCAUCCAGAACGGUGAGCUGUACAGAAAAUGGCCAAACGACGUUUCCUUGCGAUGCAUUUCUAGAAAGCAGGGGUGCGAGCUGCUGGCCGACAUACACGAUGGAGAUUGCGGGCAUCAUUCAUCAUCGCGCACCCUGGUGGGCAAGGCGUUCCGUAGCGGGUUCUACUGGCCCACGACACUCAACGAUGCAACCGAGCUGCUGAGAUCCUGCGAGGCCUACCAGUUCCAUGCCAAGGAGGGGCAGUUGCCCGACGCUCUCCCUCGCACGCCUCGCGAGGGUGCUGGACAGUCCGUGCCCCACGGGUACCGCGACGUGGUGCGCUAG